GACAAAUAUGGUGUAGAGUUGCACAAUUUGAUAGAUCACAGCUUUAAGAAUUCAUCGACAAUAAAGUCUGUGUGUGAUUUUACUAUUGUAUGUUUUGCAUAGUUAACACCAAGGGCCCACCUUUCCUGAUACUAUCAUUCCAUUUGUGCAUCCAACUGAGAUGUGAUCACGUCGACUGCGACAUUAACAUAGUCACAAAUGGUCUCCAACUUUCUUUCGGCCCUUUAUUGCUGCUGUGUGUUAUUCUAUCUGUUAAUUGAUUAUGUUGUUGGUGGUAUCCUUACACAUUUUAUAAUUGUUCUCAAUGAACUUAGGAGGGCAGGGAUCUCAUCUGAACUGUUGUGGUUGUAGUUAGAAGUGUGUGUGUGUGUGUGUGUGUGUGUGUGUGUGUGUGUGUGUGUGUGUGUGUGUGUGUGUGUGUGUGUGUGUGUGUGUGUGUGUGUGUGUGUGUGUGUGUGUGUGUGUGUGUGUGUGUGUGUACAUGUGUGUGUGUGCACAUGUGUGUGUGCGUGCACGUGUGUAUAGCGUGCAUAAAUGCGUGCAUGUGUAAGUAUAUGGAGGGAGGAGAAAGAGGAGGUGAUGAUUGGGAAUGUCAAGACAUUUGAGCAUGAGUUCACUAUAGGUGAUAUCAAACUCCAUGAGAUUCAAACUGAGCUGCUGACUUGCUACCAUCCAUUUGUGCUCUGACCUUGAUGGAUUUCAUCUACAAUGCAUCACAAACAGCGAGAGAAAGACACAAGUAUUAGUUUAUUGGCAAUUCGGUCCGCUUAUAUGACAGGGGCUACAAUUCUUCUUUGUGGAGUUAGACCAGGACCAGAGCUGCUGGGAUUUUCUGCAAUUUCAUCAAAUGUAAAAGUAAUAUCUCUUUAAAGCAACAGUAUAGUUGUAUUAUAAAUGCACGCAUGUAAACAAAACAUAAAUACAAUGAAACCUGGUCACUAUCAUUUAGAGUUUGAAAGAACACUUAACAAAUCCAAAAGAUAGACACAAAGUGCUGGAGUAACUCAAUGGGCUACUUGAGAAAGAGGAUGAGUGACGUUUGGGUUGGAAUCCUAAUACACAUUUGUUACACUGUUCAAUGUAAGAAUUCCUUUAUAAAUAUGUGGCACAGUGGCACAACUGGUAGAGCUGUUGUCUCAUAGUGCCAGAGACUUUGGUUCAAUCCCGACCUCGGGUGCUGUCUGUGUGCAAUUUGCACAAUCUCCCUGUGAUUACUAUGCAUAGCAUGUAAUGUAACACAAGCAAACUACAACAAUAGCUUUUACUUUUGUACAGAUGAGUUGCAAUAUCAUAAUUAUAAAAUCUUGUUAAUUUACUGGAAUAUUUACUGCUCAAACCUAUUAGUUGACAGUCACCUACAGUUGAGAUGUUUCAUUAGUUAGGCUUUAUGGGGCGAAAGCAGGAGAAUGGGAUUGAGAGGGAUAGACAGAUCAGCCAUAAUUCAAGGACGGAGCCGAAUGGCCUUAUCCUGCUCCUAGAACAUCUGAACUUCUGAACUAAUGAACAAACAAUUGGAGAGAUUUGCGCCACCUAUUUGCACGUGGUGUUAAUUUGUGAUUGCAAUGGUCCUUAAAGAAUUAGGCUUUAAUAUUAGCUGGUGUCAGACUGACCCAGUGAUGCUCCGAGGCAUGGAGCAAAGUGAAAGACACAUGUUUGAUCGAAUAAGCCAUCAAUGGUUUUAUUUUCACUUGCCUGCCCUAAUGAGCAACAGAUUUGGUCUCCUCGGUGUCCACUUCUUGUAUAUUAGUAACUGUCAGUUUUCAAGAUGGUUUUACACUAAAAUUCUCCCACAGAAGCAGGAACGCUUGCCAACCUCAGCUCAGUUGUGCAACACUUUUGCUCUGAGUUAAUAGGAUAUGGCUUCACAUUUCAUUCCAAAUGACGAGCACACUUUAUCACGUUGUCUCUACAGAUACUUCGGAGCGGGAUUGUGGAAAUACUGCCGUUAAGACGAUGGACCCAUCUGCACUGUCACUUGGCCAGUUCCCAAGGCACCGUUUCAACACGAGCACAGAAGUCCAUGACACAACACAACCCCGCAGAGGCACCAAAGUUGAGGAAGGUACCAUUGUCCAGCCAGCCUCCCCGCCGAUCUUCCCAGAUGUUUACCCAUGGUUGGGGCCUCCUGAGCACCCACAGUUGCCACCAUGGUCGGCCCGAUGCUCAGGCCCUCACGCCAGGAUGAUGGAACGCCGAAACCUCGACGGAGAACAUCCUCAAAGGCCCGGACCUCCAGAUCAGCCGCCUCCCACCGGAGUCCGCGGCUCCCGAAGUCCACAGGCCGAGCCGGGCGGAGUCGCAGGACUCUGCGAUGUUGAUCAGCGCCACCCGCGUGGGGAGCUCCGCGAACCACAGCCCCAUGAUGUCGGUGCCGCAGACCCAGCACUCCGGUGCUCCAAACGGCGAUCCCCAGUAAGACAUCGCCAGCCCCGCGAUGUAUUAUAGGAGUUAUAUAGAAUGCAUAUAGAAGAAACACGUUACUUCUUAAUUUUACCAAUAUGUAUAAAACAUUUAGUAAAGCUCGCAGAUGUCAGCUAUUUUUAUGUGAUCAGAAGUCAAAGCCUAAAAACAUGUUAUUGCUUAGUUUAUUUUGCUUUAGUUAGAACAUCAUGGUAACUCAGAGAGAUUGGAGAUAAAGGACAGUGAGAGGUUAAAGUUAGUAAAAAAAAAACAUGCAUGCUAAGCAGCCUGAACUGAAAUUGUAAUAAAAAGCUGCUUGAAAUUAUGGAUCAGAGAACAUUUGGAGAGUGGCCAAGCUGUACUAUCUCUGAAUGUUCCAGGCCCAGAUUUGUGUAAAUUAAAGGCUUCUCGUCUUCUUGAAGAAUUCUCCGUGUCUGUGUCAUCUUAUCUUUAAUUUGAGUCUUGUAAACCAC